AUCAGUUGCAAGACGAUCGAUUAACGGAAAACAAGAGCCAGGCCGUGCAACCAUAUGUGGCUGCCCCGCGCUGGUAGUCGCCCCCCAAUCACCAAAAACGUCUCAUCCUGCUCGCAACGUUUUUCGAUCUUCGCUUAGAAUUUUUCACUAAUUUAUAGAUCGUUUGAAUGUUUUGAAUUUGCGUUGAAGUAAAAAUUGAAAGAAAUAUUUUGGCGAAUUACCUAAUCAGUUGGCCAUUAACGUGAGUGCCGUGCCCCGCGAAUCCGAAUCCAAAUCCGAGUGCGAGUGCGAGUGGUGAGUGUCUGUCGAGUGUCUGUCGAUUGAGUGCGAGUGCGUGGUGAAUAUUUUAUAUAAUACGCGCGCCGCACCAAACGGAAUACCCCGAGCAUUGCAUUGCCAAUCUGUGCGGCAGGCAGGCGAUACGGAUUUCAGAUACUGCUUCCGAUUUCGAUUUCCGAUUCCCGAUUCUUACGCAAGAGAAAUGCCAUCGGAUGAGGCGCUGACCGGCAUCGGGGAGCUGAUCUUCUCGCUGCUGAUCGGCUACCUGGGUGCGCUGGAGUGUGCGUUUGUGGUGCGGCAUCUGUACCACUGCACCUUCCAGCAUCCCGCCUACACGACCACAGAUGCGGCAGCGGACAACGACGAGCUACCGCGACUGCGCGAGCGCCUGGAAAAGGACAUAGCCGAGGCGGCCGAGCGGGAGGCGCGCGCCGGCACCAAGGCCAUGCAGGACGGGGUCCUCUACGACACCAAGGGCUUGCGUGUGGAUCCCGCAGGGGAGAAGAGAGAGGCGCUGGCAGCAGAGCUGGAGCGACAGCGGCGCAUUGAGGAGGAGACGCGACGACAGCUGGCGGAGGCGGAGGCCCGCCUGGCAGAGGAUCGGAGGCGGGCCAAGGAGGCGGACGAGCAGAUGAUCGAGCAGCAGAGAGAGGAGCGAAAGCAGCGCGAAGAGAAUGAGCGAAAGCUAAUUGAGGCCGAAAAGCAAAGAGAGGCAGAGCAGCGACAGCGCGAAGAGCAGGAACAAAAGCAGCGCGAAGAGAACGAACGGAAGCUGAUCGAAGAGAACGAACGGAAGCUGAUCGAAGCCGAAAGAGAGCGCGAAGCGAACGAGAGAAGGAUCCAGGCAGCUGAAGAACAACGUGAGCGCCAAGAGAACGAUGAAAGGCUGCUUGAAGCCGAACGCCGGCGAGAGCUAGCCGAAGCCGAAGCCGAGACGGAACAAAGGGAUGCGGAGAUUGUGGAACGCCUUUUGGCGGCAGAGCGGGCUCGCCAGAUGAGCGCCACGGAGAGCGAACUGGAGGAGGAGGCGCUGGAAGUCGAGUCGCGUCGCCUGCUCUCCGGCCGCGUGGAUCCCGAGAGCAAACAGAAGAUGAUCGAGGAGAAUGCACGGCUCUUCCUGGAGGCCGAGGAGGAGAUGGUGAUGCUGCAGCAGCGCCAGCUGCAGGCGGCCAACAGCAGAGAGGAGGAUUCCGAGUAUGCGGGCGCCGUGCCAGUCGAGGAGGCGCCCUGCCUGAGGAAGAUACUGCCGCCCAGAUUCCGGGAGCCGGAGGCACAAGAGCAGCCCAUGAUGGUGCAGAAGGUGAAGACGCAGUACGGCCAGUCGAAGGGUCGCCUCGCGUUUCCGGGCGUAUCCGACGAGGGCUCCUCCUUGGAGCCCGCUUCCAGCCAGCAGUCGUCCUUCAGCACACAGCCAUCGGAGGAUCUGCUGCGCACUGAGGAAGAGCGUCCGGAGCCCGAGGGCGAGGAUCAGACACCACCCGAUGUGCAGUACACGGAGGACUAUCUGCGCUCCCUGGACGGCAUCAAGAGUCGCCCGCUGGUGCGUGAGGACGGAUCCGGCAGGAGGCGCGCCUUCAAGAAGCGCCGCUCCAGCGGCAGCUCCAAUUCGUCUCGUGACUCACGCGCCUCCCGCGACGAGGAGCUGAAGAUGUUCACCUCGCUGGAGGAGGAGGAGCUGCGCCACGGCGACCACGAGGACUACAAUCCCAUCAAGUACAGCAGCGAGCCGACGCUGCGGGUCAAGUCCCACCACAGGCGGCACAAGCGCAGUCCGGCCAAGGACAUGAUGCCGCCGUCGGAGGCGGAGGGCGAGGCGAGUGGCGUCUCCCUGGAGAUGCUCGGCGAGGAGAGCACCAAUCCGUGGGGCGAGGUGGUGCCCGAGCACUACAAGGACACGGAGUUCUGGAAGCGGGAGAAGGCGCUAUCCAUCGAUGAGGAGGACAACGAUUUGGAGCUGUCGAAGAACGAGCCCAAAUCCUCAUCCUUCGAGGAUGCAACGGAGGCGCAGAAUGAGGAGGCAGCCACCACACUGCUGCAACAGCAGAAAGUAGGCGCCAAGGAGCAGCCGGAUGAUACCAGCCCCAAAGCGGCGGAGACCAGCGCCAGCAGCGACAACAAAUCGAAUCUGCGAACCUCUCCCGCAACGGAGGAGCAGUCCAAAGGCGGUGGCGGAUCACCCGGCCUGCGACGCAGUCCACGCAUCGACGAAAUGGAUCACUACGCGGAGCGCUGGUCCGCCACACAGCCGGAACAUCCGGAACAGCCGCAGACACCGAGCAUCAGUGUCCAGCAGCCGGACACGGCGCCCUGGCGCGAUCAGUACGGCCUGAUGAUGGAGGGCCUCAGCGACUUUUACGACUUCCAGGCCUCCGUGAAUCCCUCGCGUUCGCCCUCCAGCUCACGCAAUCCCUCGCCACAGCCCAAGAAUGUGGCCAAUCGCAUGGAUGCGGAGAUGGAGAAGUCACUGGAGGUGUACGACGACACCGAGCACGGCCUGGCGGCGGGCGAACUAAAUUGCGAGCUGGUGCUGCAGCUGCUGGCGACCACAAUGAACGGAAAUGAAGAGAGCCCUGGCGCGCCUCUGGCAGAGCAGCUGAAGCUGCAGAAUGUGGCAGACGAUGCGGGCAAUGGGAGUGCUCCAGUGGCCAUGGUGUAUGCCCCGGCAGAGGCAGCCACCACAGAGAACACGCUCCGCGAGGAGAGAGCCUCCUCUGAUCCCAGGAGGCAUUCACGCUCCCGCUCCCCGCUGCCGACCAGCGAGAAUCUGGAGCGCAGCAUCAGCCAGCGCAGGCAGCGCCUGAUCAAACACAACGACGAGAUCAUGGAACGACUGUCCAACUCCAGUGGCAGCAGCGGCAGUGGCAGUGGCAGUGGCAGUGGUGGACGCAACAGCCCCAUGGAAACGGAGGCCAAUGGAAGUGUAACGCCGCCGCUGCAGCUGCCCCAGCCCGUCAUCGAAAUCAACGACAUGGCCAUGGAUGAGCCCAUGGAGGAGGAGGAGCAGGCGACACUGGAGGAGAGGCGUCUGUUUGUGGAAACGCUCAGGGCGGAGCGCAAUUCGCGCUCUCGCUCGCGCUCGCGUUCCCGUUCGCCCCUGCCCACGGCGGACAACAUAGCCAAGAGCCUGGAGAGCCGUCGCCAGAGGCGCAUCCAGCACAACGACGAGAUCUUUGAGAAGCUCCACGAGCAGGAGGAACAGGAGGCAACCGCUGUGGCUGCCAGCCUGCCCAUACCGUGUGUGUCCAUCGAGAUUGAAGCGCCGCCGGAGGAGCGGCAGGUUGAAGUGGAGGCAGUCGAGGAGGACACACCCGAUAGCAUGGCCAGACUGUUCGAGCAGCUGCGCCUGAAUCGCGUGCGUUCGCACUCCCGUUCCAGGUCGCGUUCCCGAACGCCGCUGCCGAGUGCCGCCAAUCUGGAGCACAGUCUGGAGCGGCGUCGCGACAAGCUGAUUGCCCAGAAUGACAUGUUCUUCGAGCAGCUGCAGGAGCGGGCCAACACGCCAGAGCCCCGUUUGACCGUGGAAUAUGUCUACGAGUUUGUCCAGGAGGAGGCGGCAGGAGCUCAUGCCUCGGAGAGCAGGGAUAUGCGUUCGCUUUCGCCCUCACGUUCCCGUUCGCUGACACCGCCAGAGCAGAAGGGGAAUGACUUCCAUCGGAUGCUCAAUCUGGAGGGAUCCGAGCAGCGGACACUCCGCAAGAACAGCGAGGAGCUGGAGAGUGUCCUGGCGUCGAGUGCCAAGCAGCGAGAACUGGAUCUGGAGGCACUGCAGCAGCUGCAGCAUGCCAGCGAGGAGACUGAGCUGCGUGUGCUCAGUCCCACGGGAUCCGAGCGCCAGCGAGUGGAGCAGAUGACCAGAGGGGAGCCAGCUGUGGAGCGAACCGUGUCCGAGGUGGCCAGGGAGCUGCAAGAUGAGCUGGUGGCCAGCGGCUUCAAGCGAUCCACCUACGUGGGCGAGUCCCUGGACCAACUGGAGGAUAAGGCGGCGCAGCGCGAGCUGCAGGCAGCCAUCCUCGAUUCGCUCACGGAGAAUCGUCUGGGGGCCAAGCCCAAGACCUUUGCCGAGGAGCUGAAGGACACGCAGCGCAUGCAGGACGAGUCGCUAAGCAGCGGCUUCAGGCGCUCCACCUACGUGGGUGAAAUGUCGCAGGAUAUGUCCGCCACCCAGCUGGACGAUCUGCGUCAUCGCACGGCGGAAUUUCAGCGUUCGCGCAGCCAGAGCCGAUCCCCACUGCGCGGCGAGGAGGUGGCGCUGCUGAGGGACAUUGACGAGGAGGUGGCCAAGCGUGAGCUGCAGGAUCAGCUGCUGGACAAGUUGGCUGCAUCCAGCGUGAAUUUCGAGAACUUUUCGCGGCAUCUGAACGCCGAUUUCCUGGACAGCGAGCGGCGUGCCUCCGAUUCGGCCAUCCUUAAGCAGAGCGAUCCGUACGGAGAGCACCUGGAGCCAGAGGAGUACCAUCACUUCCGACGCUACUCGCUGGCCCAGGAGCAGCCCGUGGAGGAUUAUCCCAGCGAUGAGUACGUGUACAUCUCGCAGAUUGAAGUGCGCACCAUGACGGGCACCCGCACCUGGCUGAAGGAGGACUAUUACUCGCAGGAGCGGGACGAAUAUGAGUGCUCCAAGGAGAGUGUCGUCGAUCAGGACUCGUGGGCACGCGCCGUGCUCGCCGCAGAGGCCGAGGCGGCCGCUUUCGAUGCCACCAAUGCCAUCUACAGCUACGACAUUGCCGGCGAGCAGCAGCAGCAGCAGCAGCAGCAGGAGCAGGAUUUUGAUUUUGAUUUGGAUUUAGAUUUGGAGCGCAGCAGCACCAAUGACAGCGACGAUGAGCGCCAGACGGUGGUGGAGAUUGACGACGAGGACGAGUUUGAGUACGAGUUCGAUGAGGGCAUCUCGGACAACAACGAGCGCACCCAACCGACGGACGAGUCGCAUCACGACACCUCCGAGUGCGAGGAGGCGGAACGGAAUGUCGAUCGCUAUGCAAAUCGCGGCGCCCAGGACUGGGAGGAGGUGGAUGAUGCGGACGAUUUCCUCGACUAUGGCGUGGAUGAUGGCGCCGUGGGUGGCGCCACGCCCUACUCCGAUCCCGACUCCUUCAUCGAGCAGAUCUACAACGAUGCCAUCAAGAACCGGAAGCAGUCGGGCAUCCUGCGCGAAUACGAGACCAUAGUGCAGGAGCAGCUGCCCUCGGACCACAGCGAGUCCUCGGACAAGGAGAAGUCCAGUUCGGAGAGCGAACGCUACGCCCUGUGGGCCAAGACCCGAGAGCUGGAGAGAUCCAGCUCCAGGAAUCGCAACACAGAUGUGGACAUUGCCCUGGGUCUAGGUCUGGGUCUGGGUCUGGUGGAGAGCGAGCGGAGGGACACGGAAAUGCGCUACCUGGGGGAUGCCCAAGUGGCCGCCAGACAAUCCACGCGACUGCGCACCCGGUAUGGCUACAAUCCGCAGCUGCAGGCGGGCGUGGAGCUGGAGGAUGACAUCGAAGUGGAUCUGAACUACAAACCGAAGAGGGAGUACAAUUGGAGAAAGAAUUUCCGAUUGGAUGAGGCGGGAAAUGAAGAUGGGAAUGAGGGGGGAGAUAUGAGGCAGAGAACCGAAGAAGACGAAGAAGAAGAAGAGCAGGAAGAACGGGAUCGGUAUGAAGAGGAGCAGCAGAUGGAUCUAGAGGAUUACAAUCGGAAUGAGGAACCCCUCCAGUACCAGGAAAAUGAGCAAACCAAUGGGGAAAUGAGCGAUCUGCGUCGCAUGAGCCUUGGCGGCGAGAGCAUCACCCUCUUCAGUCGCAGUCCCAUGCGGGAGCUGCUCACCGAUGUACCCGAAGAGAGUACCCUCCCAGCAGAGGGUGAAGCAGCAGCAGCAGAAGCAGCACCCAACGAGGAGCUGCCACCACCCAUGGAGGCCAGCGAGCCACCCAGCGAGAAGCCCAAAAAGAAGAAGAGCAAGAAGAAGGUGCGCAAGGGCUCCAAAACGGAGGAGGAGCUGCGCGAGGACAACGAUUCGGAUACGCAGAUGUACGCCAGCCGUCGGCAGGAGGAUCAGCAGGAGGCAGCCGCCGCGGAGCUCACGCCCAAACGGAAGUCCCGCUCGCGACGCAACUCCAAGAGCAGCCUCACCAACGAGGACGCAGGAGGUGGUGGUGGAGGUGGAGGGGCGCUCUUCUCGCCCAGAAGCAGCCUGGCCUUUGUGGGCGAAUCAUUGGAGGGCAUUGCAGAGUUCGAGGCACCGGAAACGAGGCUGGACGAAGAUCAGCCCAAAAAGAAAACCAAGAAGCGAAAGAAGGCCAAGGAGACCAGAGAGGAGGCGCCACUGCAAGCCCCAGAAAUGGAUCAGAUGGAUGAAGCUUUGGUCGCUGCUCUGGCGGAGAUUGCGCCCGUUUCGGUAUCCUCGAACCUGACGCCCGAAUCCACGCAGCAGAAUCUGCUGUCCAGCGUGAGUGCGGGUCAGAGUGUGUGCGUGACCCCGGCCUCAUCCAUCGAGGAAGCAACCCCAUCCACCACCUCCGCCUCCGCCUCCGCUGCUGCAGCUGCAGCGGCCUCUGUUGCUGUGGUGCCCGCCCGCUCCGUUGUGGACACCUUUGACAUACUGAAAGAUGCCAACUUUUAUCCGCUCUUCUAGCUGUUGCUUUCGCGCUCUUGCUUUUGGUUUGAUGACUCCUCUGGCUGCAUCUUUUGCGCUGUCACUCAUUUGUUUUUGUUUGUUUUUUUUAAUCUAUUUCUUAUAGACAUGUUCAUAGCCACGAAUCCGAGCCCGAACACACACAAACGAGCCCACGUCCAAGCCAUAGAUCCAUAGAUCCUCCCAGCAUCCAGCAUCCGCAUCCUCUGACUGAAGGGUAAACCAAUGCCCGACCCAUGGGAUCAGAGAUCCCAUU